AUGAAAGAGACCGAGGUCAUUCGGCGAGCCCUCGUCACCGAGAAGACGACGCUUCAGCGCGAGGCUACCGGGACGAUCGUGCUCGAAGUGUCGAUGCGGGCGACGAAGAUCGAGAUCAAGCAGGCGGUGGAGCGAUUGCUGGGAUCGAAGGUUGCCAGCGUUCGCACGUCGAUCAACCACGGCAAGAUCAAGCGGCAGGGACGGUUUUCCGGCCAGCGUUCGGACUGGAAGAAGGCCUACGUGCGGCUGCGCGACGGUGAGAACGUGCCCGAAUUCCUCGAAGGCGCCUAG